AUGCUGCCAUCAUUAGCUGCCCAAGCUGUUAGCCCGUUUCCGAAUCCACCUCCGAUUGCUGCUGAAUACACUAAUGAACGGAUUUCUCAAGGUUUUUUUUUUCAUGAUAGAAAAUUCAAAUUUUUUUUCAUUUUUAGUUGUUUAGAACAGAAUAAAAAUCACCAGAGUAAAAUCGUUUUAUUUUUUUGAAAGGAAGUGUUUGUAGGAGGAACGUUGCCUCCUCCAGCCGUACAAAAAGAGUUCACUGUUUUUGGAGAAGAGUACAAAUUCGAAGACGAAAUACUUCGGUAAGGGCUCGUCCUAAUUACUAUUCAAAAGCGUCUAAUUUCUGAGAACAUUUUUUGUUUAGUUCACUACAAUCACAAGGAAUACGUCAACUCUACCCAAGCAAAAACGACUGGAAAACGGAAAUGAAAAAUCUUAACAGGUUUUUUUUAUUCAAAGUUAUUUUUUAACUGGGAAACUCUAGAAGUGCGGUUGCUGCUUUUUUGGAUCUUCUGGAAAUCCUUGCGCGAUGCCCAGAUAGUCCGGAACGUGUCGAAAAACUGAACGAUUUGCACACAACUUUUAUCAACAUGCAUCACUUGAUAAACGAGUAUAGGCCUUUUUCAGGUUUUUCGAAAGAAAAUGAAAAAAACUUUUUAAUUUUAAUUUUUAAUUUCAGGCGAGAGACAUGAUAAGGCUCAUUCAAAAAGACCAGCUCAAUCAACUCAAAACUUCUGUUGCGGAUUUCAAGUUUAUCAUUUCUCAUUUACAAUAUAUCGUGUAGCUUUCCGAACUGUUAGGUUUAGGAUGAUCGCUUGAAGUUUUUGAUUUAUCUUCUUCAUGAAAUAAUUAUUUAGUUUCAAUCAAAAAUGAUUCAUGUAAGAAAAUGAAAAAAAAAGACUAAAAUCCCAAACGAAAAAGGUGUUUUUUUUUUUUGCAAUCAUCGAUUUUAUUUUGAGUGAGAAGAAACGAGCAGUCAUUUUGUUGUUUUCUUUUCAAAAUAUCAUGGAAGUUCAAAUUCAGAUCGUUCCUGCAAGAAGGAAAAGAAGUUCUGGCUAAAGAGCUCACGUUGAAAGAUCUGGAGUUCACUCCGGUGCCCAAGCCGAAGCCGAUCACCAGAAUACGGCUGAAUUCGGAAGACGAAGCUACAGUUUUGACCACUGAACCAGCUCCUACGACGGUGCUCAUUAUUGUCUCAAGAAUGAAAAACUCAGCAUCUUUCAGGUCGAAAAAAAGGCAGAGGUUUUGGCCAACGAACUGGAAGAUCGGGACGACAUGUGGAGGACUGCCAAACCGUCAGUGGCCCGUUUAAAACAGCGUCAAUUGGCAGAUCUUUCCAUGCUCUCGAAGCCUUGAUAUAAAUCUCAUAAUUUGUACAUUAUAUAUUUAUUUCUUUACGCAAUAAUGAUGAUAAAGUUGUUCAUGAUCUAUGUGGUCAACUAUUAUUUUAAUUGUGUUUUUUGCACAAGAUAUUUUUGAUUUCAUUUUUUUGUGUAUUAAUGAGUCUCAAUAACUAUUGAGUUGGUUUCAGAUGGAUUCGUGUACUCGCAGAUUGAUGAAAGAAUUACAACAGUUACAGCAAGACGCGCCCACAGGAAUCCGUAUCAGAAAAGACACUGCGACGCAGGACCUCAAGUGGGACCUUGUACCAGAAAACCUUUGAAUGAACCAUUCUAGACAAUGGCGAGUUGACGUCAUCGGCGCCACGGGUACUCUUUACGCCGGUGAAGAAUUCACACUCCAGUUCACAUUUGGGCCCCAAUAUCCUUUCAAUUCGCCAGAGGUACUUUUUAUGGUUUUAUUUCUGGAUUUUUUCUUCUUACUUAGAAACUCCAGAGUGGUCCCUAUACGGGUAACCUUAGGGCCCUUGGGGAUCCCCUCUAGGAACCACGAAAGCUUGCAAAAGUAGUCCCUAUAGAGGUUUUAGUCAGUGGCCUCUAUAGGGGACAUGCUAGUCGAUAAUUUUAAUGAACUCGAGGCGAAGAAGCAUUUUCAAGCGAAAACUAAAUGAAUAAACGUUUUUGAAAAAGAACAAUUGAAAGACGCCUAUAGGGACCCCUUUUUCGGUCUCUAUUGGGGCUGUUUCUCCCCCCUAACCCCUAUAGGGAACACUCUAAACUUCAUAAGUAGUUCAAAUUUUCUCCUUCCAUUUUAUAGACUUUCUUUAUGAGUGAAUAGUGAACAGUCGUUUGAAAAUCUUGCAAAAACCGCAAAAUGUGCAGCUUCUCGAUGCAUUUUGAAAUAAAGUUGUAUUUUUUACAGUUUUCUCUCCUUAGGAACUCCAGAGUGGCCCCUAUAGGGACUUUAGGGGUUCUAGGAGCGUUCCCUCUAGGGACCACUUUACCAACCCCUAUAGGUGCCGCUUAAGCUUGCGAAAGCUGUCUCUAUAGGGAGCAUGUUGGUCGAUAAUUUUUAUAAACUUUGUGCAAAGAAGCAUGUCCUAGUGAAAAACUAAAAAAAUAACCUUGUUUGAAUAAAAAAAGAACGACCCCUGUAGGGACCACUCAAGCUUUAGGAGCUAAAGCGUCAGAUCCUGAACCCCAAUAGGGACUACUUUUUCGACUUUUUAAGAGGCUGUUUUUCCCCUAACCCCUAUAGGAACCCUUUAAGAUUCCUAAGACUCCCUCUCUCCUUUUAAAUGGUACGUUCUAAUAGAAAGUUCCCUUCUUUCAAAAUUUCUACUGAUAAACUUGAUUUAGGUGAUGUUCGUCGGUGAUAAAAUCCCAGUACACCCGCACAUUUACUCCAACGGCCACAUAUGUCUUUCGAUUCUUUCUGAAGAUUGGACGCCUGCUUUGAGUGUACAGUCCGUCUGUUUAUCAAUAUUAUCUAUGUUGUCUUCUUCCAAAGAAAAGGUUCAUUUAUUUAUGAGGCUGAACAAAGUUUUUCCUUUGCAGAAACACCCGACCGACGACGCCAUUUAUGUUAGAACGUGUAGCAAAAAUCCAAGCAAAACGCGAUGGUGGUUUCACGGUCAGUUAGUUUUGAUGACAAGGAGAAAAAAAAAAUUAUAUCUAUCAGAUGAUAACGUGUAA